AUGGACACCAACAAUCUCGUCGAAAUCUACCUCUCCAGCAUCUGGCAGUACCAUGCUGCCGGUGUUGAACGCGUCUUCGAAGCACUGCGCAAGAAGAAUCCCGGCGGCCAAUACACCUUCGAUCCGGACUUGAGCUGGUUCAAGGUGUCUUGCCGGGCCACCGAUGUGCGUCAUGUACAGGCUAUCUUUCGAGAGGUUCAUGACGAGAUGGAGCACAGCCUAGGUGGUCAACGGGUCCCAACCAACAAUAUGUGGCUGAAGCUUCCGACUCCUGGUGACCUUCCGAUUGACCCAGUCGAAAAGGCAGUUAUCGACCAGUUGUGCCCAGUUACGUUCGACCGGUUCAAUUUCCGCAAAGUUUGGUCACGCGUUAAGAACGAAAUGCCCGACAGUAUCUCGGUGCACAAGGUCCUCGACGAAGAAGCUCGGCAGUCUAUCAUGGCCCUGUCGGGUGCCCAUGUUGCGAUUGAUACAACCACUGCUCGGCUGGUCUACAUCGGCGGAGCGACGCGAGAUGAAGUGGCUAAGGCCAACAAGUUGCUUGACAAUCUUUUCAACAAGUUUAUAUUCAUCAUGCCAUCCCCGAAGCAUUUGCUGUAUGCAGAGUCCGAAGGCCCGUAUCAUGUAGAUGCUCGCUUCAUGGCCCACGUCAACGGCAACAUGCUCACUUCCACCAUCUUCGAUCCCAGCCAGUUCCCUGAAGCGAUGCUCAACCGCAUGUUCAAGACCGUGUUCGCAAAGGGAGUCUGUCUUCGCAUCUGCACCUUUGACCAUGUUAAACGGACGGAAGUCUCCCUCUUUGGCCCCAGGUCACCUCAGAUCUUCACCGACCAAGCACGGAAAUGGCCCUUGUGGUUCAAGAAGGCGGAGUAUAGGCCGAAGAUUCUGGGCGUGACGGCACCCAAGAAGGGUCUAGUAGAAAAGGCAGUGCAGAAGCCGCCGACUGUCCUGCCAUCGGCAGAGACUGUGUCCUAUGGGAAGGUACCUACCCUCUUUGAAAACGACAAAACAAACGAACACCUCAAGGAAAAUGAGGCCAAUAAAGUGCCGGCACCGUCAGAGCAAUUCGAUCUCCUCGGGCUGGAUAUUCCAGAUCCGAAAGCAGUCUCAGCAUCUGGAACUUCUCAUUCCCUUGUAUCUCUGCCGGCUUCCUCUCCAUCGUCUGAGCCUGAUUCUAGCUGUGAAAAUUCAAAUGGAAAGUCUGUACCGCCAGUUCAGCCGCCUCCUAUGCCCUCCUCGUUUCAAUCUGACAAGCACACCUACCAGAUGAAACUUCUUUGGGACUUUAUGAACAGCUCCAAAAACGGCUAUGGUGAGAGUGUGCCCAAAAUCACCUCCAAGUUUGAUGAACAAGCGAAAAUUGCAAACGGUGAUAAUGGUGAUCAUAGCGUCAAGAGCACAGUUAAUUUGGGACCGACAGAUGGUCCGAUCGAGGAGGAGCCACUCAUUGAUUUCGUGGACAAAACAAAAUUACCACCGUCAUUGUCAGCGGUAGAUCCUGUCACUUCCACCUCAGGGCAAACUAAUUUGUUGAUCCAACUCGAUCCCCCGGCUCCUCGAGACACUUCUUCCUCUGCAUCUCUACAAAACCAGCUCGUACCCUUCGGCCAAGGUAAUGUGCGCCCUAUUGUACCCAGAGCUACUUCUGUGUUGAGCAAAGCACUCGUUCGGCGAACCACGUUUGCAACUGGGCUCUGCACCAGUAUUGGCCGCCUCAUGGCAGAUCUGCCGUACGCCAAAGGUCGGAUCCGGCUGCAGGUCGAGCUGGGCCGUGUGUACAUCAUGGAUGCCAGUCCAGAAGGCCUUGCCUUCAAUUUACCUGGCGAGGCCGCGUCGGGCUGGCCGCACACUGAAAUCGUCACGCGACUGGACACAAUCUGCGUCUCGCCUGAGAGCAUUGUGUUCACCAAGGCGCUGACUCUGUUCGGCAACGACAUGGAAAGCAUUAUCGGUGUCAAUCAAAACACCGUCUUUGGUGACCAGUCCGCCGACGACACCACCCAUCUGCCCAAGAUCGAGCCGGAAAACAAAAUCGAAACCAAUGGCGGGUCAGCUCCGAUGAAUCUGGACUGGAACUUCCACGAGAAACGGAUCGUUUACGAGUUUAAGUGCCAACGUGUUUACAUGAAUAGCAACAAUGUCAUCAAGGCACUGAGUCCCUUUGUCAUCGAAAUUGACGGGACAGAGCCUGGACUGUUCACUUACGCCAUUCGCAGUGUCGAAGACACUCGACCACCUAUAUGGAUCCACUGCAUUCGGCGACAUUGGGACGCCCGUGUUUCGGUAUCGUACAGCAAGAUCGACAAGCUGGAGGAAGAGUACGGCGAUUUCGCCCGUGCCCUUUUGCACACCUUGGUCGUUCCCCCCAGUCCAAUUACGAGCCCCAAGUUCCAAUUCGCCUACGACCUUCGCGAGGUCAAGACCGACAGCCAAUCGUAUUCGACUGCAGUCCUCUCAGCGCGUGUCCGCAACGUGGGUCGCUUCCAGAGCGCAGACUUGCAGACUUUCCUGGAUAUCUCGUGGAACUGGCUCAUGGCAUUGACCAAGCGACCUGGUAAUGAAGGAUCUUCCGUGGGUACCGCGUAUGCGACGCCGGCUGUGGACGACCCCCAACGGGGUGUGUUCACAACAUGGUACGAGGCCAGCGUGGUGUCGGCUGCGGCCGAAGCGGCUUUCCAGGAGAACGAGACGCUCCCUCUCGGGUGCGUGGCGGCUUGGGGUAGCGGAGGAAGUACGGCGCGGGAGGAAAUGUACGAAGCGGCGUUUGGCCCUGCCCUUAAGCUCGUCCAGAAGAUGGAUGGUGUCGGAGUUCUUAUUGACAACGGUCAGGGUGACAAACAGUGGGCACCGCCGGUAAAGGCGAGUCAAGUGGCUCUAGCUGUGCAGAAGUUUUGGUAG